CAUAUUAUAGGAAAGCGUCAUUUGAUUUGGAAAACUUGUAGGACGCAGUCGACAAUCCAAGAUGGUAAAGAUCCAAGUUUUGGCUUUACUAGCCAUCGUCUUUUGUUUCGCAUUGCAGAGUCAAGCAUCUCCGCUUGCCCUGCGUGAGGAGAACGACGGAGAGGAAACCGAUCGAGAAUUUGAAGAUGCUUUCGAAGAUGCUUUCGAGGCAGCACUGAACGAAGAACAGGCCCGACAGUUGGAAAAUGUCGAAGAAGCUCGUAAUUUUGAAGAAGAUGACGACGAAGUUGCCCGAACUUUACGCGAGAUUGCCGACACAGCAACCGAUGAAGAAUUCGAAGAUGCCUUUGCUGCCGCAUUGCAAAAAAGAGUGGCGCGAAAUUUCCAAAAUUUUAAAAAUUUCGAAGAAGCUCGUAAUUUUGAAGAAGAUGAUGACGAAGUAGCCCGAACUUUACGCCAGAUUGCCGACACAGCAACCGAUGAAGAAUUCGAAAAUGCCUUUGCUGCCGCUUUGCAAAAAAGAGUGGCGCGAAAUUUCAAAAAUUUCGAAAAUGUCGAAGAAGCUCGUAAUUUUGAAGACGACGAUGACGAAGUAGCGCGAGCUUUACGCGAGAUUGCCGACACGGCAACCGAUGAAGAAUUCGAAAAUGCCUUUGCUGCCGCAAUGCAAAAAAAAGAAGCGCGAAAUUUUGAAGAAGAAAUGGAUCUCAGUGAAGAUGAUCAAUCUGAAUAUGAGCGACAAAUUUCCGCUGAUUUUGAUAUUACGCCACCAAAAGAAUACGAAGUUCGUCAGGUACCUGCACCAGUAGUACCUGUAGCAGUGGUCCCUGCGCCAGAGGUCCCUGCACCAGUAGUACCUGCGCCAGAGGUCCCUGCACCAGUAGUACCUGCGCCAGAGGUCCCUGCACCAGUAGUACCUGCGCCAGAGGUCCCUGCACCAGUAGUACCUGCGCCAGUGGUCCCUGCACCAGUAGUACCUGCGCCAGUAGUACCUGCACCAGCACCAAGUGGCAAACCCAGGACAACCGAACCGCUGCGACUAAGCCAACUCAUUGUUAGGCCUAUGUUAAUUAAACGUUGUCAAGGCGCAACUAAUUACUCUGUCGGACAUUGCGCGAAAUAUCUUUCCUGCGGUAGGCAAUUGUUCCGUGGAGCUGUCAGGACUUGCGAAUCUGGACAGCUUUUUGACGCUGUUCUCAAGAAAUGCAAUGACGCAGAGAAAGUAGAUUGCAACAUCCGAACUUAAUCAUUUAAAUAUUAAGCGAAAGAAAAACCAUAGUCUCUAUAGACUGACGUGUACCACCUUACUGUAUCACUUCCAAGUUUCUUUCUUCACUUCUCGUUUUUACUUUUCCCAAAACUUCAAUCUAAAAAGACAACUGUCAAAAUUCCAAUGAUUUGAAUACAUCCUUUCUGCAUUCAUGA